AUGCCACCACCGCCUGGCAGAGGGCUUCCGUUGAAUCCUUCUCAAACUCGCCGUGUGGCCGCCCCGCCCGCAACCGCGAUUCUCGCCCCCCAGUAUCCAUCCUUUGCGGACAGGCAACAUCAUCCCCAGAAUAGUUCCGCCUCAAACUUGUCGGCGACAUCAAUCUCGGCGCCGCUCAGCUCGAACCAGGUCAUCAAUAUCGCGAGGGAAGCGAUGAACAACGCACUGCUGGACAACGAGAGCCAAGCUGCCGAAGCCAGCGGUGUCAGUAAUGAACUGAAACCUGGUAUCACAAUUGAUUUGUCUCGAAGAAAUAUUCAGGAACUGCCAGAGGGUGUUGUUGAUAUUAUCAAACACGAGUUGGAAAGGCUAGCACUAUCACACAACCGCCUGUCAUCAUUCCCGGCGAGGUUUGCAGAAUGCACAACCCUGCGCUAUCUUAACGUUAGAAACAACCAGAUCAAGGAGUUUCCUCAACCUUUGUGUGAACUUCGGUCACUGGAAAUUCUUGAUCUUGGGAGGAACCGUAUCCGCGUCCUGCCUCCUGAGAUUGCGAAGCUGACAUCCCUCAAAGUUCUUGCCGUCCAGCGAAAUCGUAUAGAAGAGCUUCCACUAUGUCUUGCAGACAUGGUAUCCUUGCAGGUCCUUAAGCUGGACGGUAACAACAUCACAUUCCCUCCAAGGGAAGUAUUUCAGUUUCAAGCGGCAAGCCCACCAAAUGACGGGCAGUCGAAGGAGAGCGAGGUCACAGAGCUCGCCAUGACAGCUCACCUCAAACGAUACCUCAGACAAUGUUCACAAAGUCUUAAUGAGAAGGAGCGAGAAAUCGAGAACGGUGAUGACUUUCUCGACACUGGAGAUGCCCCACGAGCACCAUUGAAACGGGUUGUCAGCGGGCGAUUUCCUGUGAAAGUCAGCGGGAGCAGUGAUUCUUCUGAACGGCUAGCUCCCUCAACGGCUCGGUUACCUAUGGGUCAGGCUCGCCUUCACUCUCGGGGCUUGUCACAGCAGAGCACAACCAUACGGAGACCGGGGGUGAUGCCUCUGACCAUUGGGAAUCCCCAUGAACGCCUUCGUUCCAACAGCGAAACAAUGUUCCACACGCCAAAGCUCGACAGACCCUCUGAGAGACAACGACGCAUGGCCAUGGCAUCAAAACGUGCCAACGACCUCGGCACCUUGGAUGAGACGCAGGCCAACAACCGCUUCAGCCACUACCGAGGCCUCAGCCAUGGCUCCUCUAUGACUGGACAUCUCAAUCCAGGGAACAACAACGCCAUCUCGAGCUUGAACAGCCCUGCAGAUCCGCUCCUGCAGAGGCCGUACUACGUGCGGCGGCUAUCUGUGCUUCCCGAGCAACGCCGGGAGUCCAAGAUGUUUGAUCCGAUUAUAGAGUCUGCAAAGGGCAUCCUUUACUCCAUCUUUCAGAUCCACCCCAUGAUUCAGCUCUUCACCCGCCUCACUGGCGACGGCACAGCCAGGCGAUCAAGCCUCGAAAUUGUGUUUUACAACACCAACAUGCACGUAGAGGAACUCGAGGUCGAGAUCCAGAAGCACGAGGAUGCGACAGAGCGCGGUGUCCAAGCCCCGAGGGAGAACGAGAACAUCCAGCGCGCGGUGUUGACUCUCGUGAAUGCUUACAGUCAUAUCUGUUCGUUGCUGGUGAACAACAUGGACAACAUAGUCGACAACGGAGACCCUCGCUACAUCCGCACGAUGAUGAUGCUAUUAUACAACAGCAUCAUGGAACUGCGUGUGACUGCGAACGAGGCGACCAUCGGGCUCUCGUUGCGCGGAUCUCAGGACCGUGCUAAUGCGCAGGGCUUCGGUGAGACCAUCCGACCCAUUUACCGGGAAAGCGCAAGUGCAACACCAACUGCAGACAGGCCAGCGGGCGGCCCCCGCUCAAGAACCGGUACGCUUGUUCAACACCCGAGCAGCAACCUGAGAGUUGCCACGGACGUACCGGUGCCGCACGUCCACCUCAACGGACGCAUCCCCCAGAUAGCAUCCGCCACGCCUCGUUCUGGAGAGUCGUUUGCGUCGAUUGACAGCCGUUUUGCUGCCGACUUCAACGGCGAGGAACGAAUCUUUGACAAGAUCUUCCUCUCACUACAAAAGUCCACAGACCUGGUCAUGCGCACUCUGCCCAGCUUCAACAUGCAAUUCAAUGCGGCAAAGACCAAGGCGGAAGCCGAGCGGCAGCCAGAGCAUAUUGUGCAAUGUUGGAGGGGUUUGUCGAUCAAGUGCACUGUCGCCAUCCGAGAGACGGAGAUCCUCAAGAACAGACUGUCACGGAUCAAACUCAAGGAGCCUGGCAUCCGUACAGAUCCAGGAUUCUGGACUCUGUGUAAGAGUUUCAUUGAUGCAUGGGCCGAAUACGGUAGCAAGCUCAAGAGCUCCAUGGAUCUGGUGCAGCUCUCUCCAGACAUCAGAAGUCGUCUCCGCCCCAUCCAAGUUGGUGUCAAGGAGACCAACCAGCUCAUCAUGGCGUCUCCAUGGGCAAACCUGUUCCGACAAGCCGGCAGCUACGCAGACCAUUCAAACAUGUAUUCUCCAGUCAGUACCUCGUCUGGCAUGGGCAUGGGACCUGGUCAGAUGCCCAUGACUCCACAGAGCGCUGCGUUGGGGCCUGCGGUCCAGGCUACUGUGCCUGCUACACCACAGAGCGCUUCAUUCGCGCAUGCUUUCAAUGGCAACGUGUUUGAGCGAGCCAAUGCCUUCAUCUCCAUGGGAGGAUUGACAAUGUCACGCUCGGGAACCAUGACGAGUGCGUCGUCGCUCUCAUUGACGUCGGCGUCGUCCAUGUCUUCCAUGUACGAUGACAGAUACGCGGGGCCUGGUCCAAAUGGGUUUCAGGGCAGCAGCGUGACAUCGAUGCCACAGCGAUUCCAUGGGGGUAGCAAGCCCUCGUUCUAG